ACAGAGAGAGAGAGAGGGAGCACUACUUCCCUUUCGAGAACCCUAAUUCCUUCCUGGAAAAUACGCCAAUUUUCUUUGGUUUUGCAUUCAGCGUGCGACAUUCCUUGGGCGAAUUCCCCCUCGCCCGGAGCUCGAUCGACGUGUCUCGGAUCGACCACACUUUGGGGGAUUUGUAGACUCGGAUUGGGUGGGUCUUUUGGAUUGGAGAUGGAGAGUUAUCUGGUGCUGUUGGGAGUGUGAGGAAAGUCGGGUUUUUGGAUCGUUUGGUGGGAUUCGUGUGGGCGGAGAUGGGUUUGAAGGGUCGUCCUAAUGGGUGAAGGACUUUUAGGCCAUUGCUUCGGACGCGCAGCAACAGUUAAAUAGAACGUCCAUAAUUCAUGUUUACUGUCAGAAAAAAAUAUUGUGAUCUUCCAACUGUGGUUCACAAUCGUGAAAUCUGUGGCUUCGGCAUCUUCAAAUUUCAAAGAACCGCAGUAUUUUGAGCUGCAAAAGUCAUUUUAUUGUGAAGGGUUUAUUGAAGUCAGACGGAAAUAUCUUUCUGUUUGGAGAACGAAUUUGAUAAAAUGCAACCCAAAGCAAGAGUAUAUGCUGACCCAUCCCGUGACCUGGAUGAAUUCGAGCGGCUGCCUGACUCGAUUGUCCUCCUCAUCUUCAAUAAGGUUGCAGAUGUCCGAUCGCUCUGUAGCUGCUCUGCUGUUUCGAAACGGUUCAAUUCCCUCGUAUUUUUGGUCCAUGAUGUCUAUCUUAAGAUCGACCAUGUGGUGACCAUUGAUGGUGAUUGUGAUGAUCCCUUGAGCCCAUCCUCUCCCAGGCAUAGGAGACUCUUCUCCAACUUCGUAAAGCUCAUUCUCUCUACUCUUCUAAAACCCUUCCACAACCUUCACAGCACCAAUGGCGGUAACAAACCUAUCGUCCCACAGCUCUCCCAUCACUCUCCUGCACAAGUUCUCAAGAACUUUGCCCAUGUCCGCAACCUCAGGAUUGAACUGCCUGCUGGAGAAGUUGCAACUGAGGAAGGGGUUAUUUUAAAAUGGAGAGCUGAGUUUGGGAGUACUAUCCAGAAUUGUGUAAUCUUCGGGGGUACAAGAGUUGACCGGAAGCCGGUCUUCUCUGAGCAUGAAUCGCCUGUAGAAGACAGCGGAAGCAUUCCUGACUCUUUCUACACAAAUGGAGGACUAAAGCUUCGUGUUGUCUGGACAAUCAAUUCUUUGAUUGCUGCUUCCAGGAGGCACUAUCUUCUCCAGCCUAUUAUCAAGGACCAUCCAACUUUGAAGAGCUUGGUCCUCAGCGACGCUGAUGGGCAGGGAACACUAAAUAUGGGUGUAGGACAGCUGAAGGAGUUCAGAGAAAAGCCACUGGUAGCCUCAGCAGCUUCAAACAGGACACAAGUUCCAGCUUCCAACAUGAAAUUAAAAUAUUCUCCCUAUUUGGAUCUCCCUGGUGGGAUGGCAUUACAAGGUGCCACCCUAGUGACUAUUAAGCCAUCUUCUGAUGGAAGCAGUGGCACUAACACCAAUACGACUGAGAGUGACGCCUUUAUUUUUGGAGCAUUUGAGGGCCCAUUCAAGGUUGCAGCAAAGUCACUGAUGAAGCGACGGACUUACCUUCUGGAAAUGAAUGGUUUCUAGAUUACUGAUGCAGCAAAAUCAUUUUGUACACAAAUGAUGGAAUAGCAGAUGUAUCAUUCACACUUUCUUCCCGAAGGUGCAAAUCACAAGCCAGACAUGGUGAAGGUGUGGAUCAGCUGUGUUUUUGUGUUCUUUCGCUUGUAUUUGUAUAACAAUAAUGGAAUCCAUGUAGAAAUAACAUGAAAAUGUUUUUUGUUGUUGUUGU